UUGGAACAAUUUACUAAAAUGUCUGAGGAGCAAUUGAAAGAGUUGACAAAGAAACAUACAUCAUUAAAGCAAGAUAUUUUGAAAUUUGAUUAUCCUAAAGACACAUUCAAAGGUAAAGGUAUUGUUAUGGUUGCUGGUGGUCCAUUUCUAGGUACUGCUCUGACUUCUAUAAGAGCUUUGAGAGAAACCGGCUCCAAGCUUCCUUUACAGCUAAUGUUGACUUCUUUUGAAGAGUAUGAUAAAGAUGUCUGUGAAACUUUGUUACCAAAAUUGAACGGUAAAUGUUUAAUUAUGGAAGAAAUUGUCGGGUCUGAAACUUUCCAAGGUUUAAAAUUACAAAAAUAUGAAUUGAAAGUUUUGGGUUUGUUCUUAUCAACUUUUGAAGAGGUCUUGUUGAUGGAUGCUGAUAAUUUGGCUGUUAAAGAUCCUGAUUAUAUUCUUGAAUCAAAACCAUACAAAGAAUUUGGUUACAUCAUCUGGCCUGAUUUCUGGAGACAGACAAUUUCACCAUACUUUUAUAAGAUCGCUGGUAUUGAUAUUGGAGAACCUGUCAGAAAAGAUGGUGUUGCUCCCGAAGAACCAAACAAACCUCGUUCCCAAUCACAAUUGUCAGAUUUAGAUGGUGCAAUUCCAGAUUCCACUUGUGAAGCUGGUCAAUUGGCAAUUAAUAAAAAGUUACAUCAUAAAUCGUUGUUGGCCACAGUUUACUAUAACCUUUUUGGUUUUAGAUUCUAUUACCAUUUAUUAGGACAAGGUGCAGUUGGUAUCGGUGAUAAAGAUACUUUUAUUGCUGGUCUAACCGUGUUCAAGGAAUCUUAUUACUUCAUGAAACAACGUCCGUUAUUGUUUGGUUAUGACCAUAAAGAUGGCUGGCAAGAUACUACCAUGGUUCAAUAUGAUCCGGAUCAAGAUUAUGAGUAUUAUCAAGCUGCUAAAGAAUACCUAGUUAAAGAAGGUAUCGAUUCAAGAAUUAAUCUUUUCUUGAAUUGGGAAUACACAGGUGAAUUGAAAAAGAAGAUACAUGAAGCUAUCGGUAAAAAGAAACCAGAAGUUCAAUUUUUACAUAUUCAUUAUCCAAAAUUUAAUGCUAAGAAAAAUUUUGAAAAUGGUGAUUACGAGAUUAAUGGCCAUGAUAGAAGACAAUUUGGUUCAAGAGAAAAAAUUAAAAACGAUUUACCAUUAGAU